AUGGAAAGCGAGGUCGAGCCGCAAGUAUGGACUGACGAAAGGCUCAAUUAUAGACCAGUUUUAUCUGGGCCCAACGUGCUGUUUAUGUCGAGCAUAGAGAACAAGGCAAUCAUCGUCAGCGAGAUGAUGUUGGAGGUGGAUAAUCAGGUUUUAAGGCUUGGUUCGUUAGUUACUGCCGCUUGUAUCGCUGGUCAAAAUAUUGUGCUUGUUUUUGCUUCAGGCGAAUUGAAAGUUUACUCUCUGGAUCUGCGCGUUAUAGCUAGCCGGCAGGUCGCGAUCCCUGGUGAAUGGACCUUGGCCUGCCCACCGUUACUAGCCGCCAAUCGUAACGGAUCUUAUAUUGCUAUUGGGCUAUUGGGAGGUGCUUUGGUACUUUAUUCUUUUGACAAGGUGCUUAAAGCAGUCGGGACCCUUCGACUACCCCCCAUGGUCAAAGCCGUGAAUCUAAUCACAUUGCCAGUGAACAAACUGCCCAUCAUUUGGACGUUUUCUUCCUGUACAGAAAACAACUCCUCUUAUGUCAAAUUAGAGCCAAGUCCGCUAUCUACAGGCGAGUUUGUUGCUAUUAGGCUGCCCCUGCAAGGUGCGCCGAGCACUGCAGCGGCAUUAGACUCGAAGGAUGGUGAAAGUAUCGCAAUUUACGAAGACCAGGUUCGCUAUUUUUCCAUGCAAGAUAUAAUUUCUGGACGCACAGCGCUCAAAACGUUUUCGAUUGGUAAAACAACAGCGUGGAGUGUUGGCGGUGGUAAGGCUUAUUUUAUUGCAAAGUCUACGCUCUACUCGCUUGACGUUUUUGAUGGAAAGGCCAAUAUGGAUUUUGUUCUCACCGAUACUCAUGUUGUAGAUCUCGGACAAAUCAACAAAUUCGCAGUUGUUUCGAAGCAAGGCAAAUUAGUCGUCAGCUAUUGUACAGACUUGGAGCGAGGCUCUUUCGUUAUUGAAAACGACGAGAUUAAAGAUCGCAAAACACUAUCUUGGUUUUACAGCGGAUUCCAAUUCAAUGGGAAAUCAAGCAAAUUGAUCACGACGAUCAAGCAAGCACCCGGCCUAGCGGUCAUUUAUCAAGCUAGUUCGGCAAACAUUGUUGCCGAAUACAAAGAGAACUGUCCUCCUUUUUUGACUGGGCUAAACUACAUUGAGGAUGCCCAGCUCCUAUUUGUGAGCUCUGUGAGCACUUGCUGGAUGUAUACCGUGAAAAACGGCCAGCUAAAACUUGCAGGCUCGUUUGAUGAACCAGUGAUCACCGCGGGCUUGGUUCAUGGCUCCGUAAUUAUGAUAACUGCCACAAAGGCAGUUGCAUUGAGUCAAUUCGCUCCGUUUAAAAGUAUUGUGCAACAGGUGUAUCCCAUCUCCCAAGCCCAUAUUGGCUUUGAAAUAUGCACGGUGAUUCUGGAUUCUAAUGAGGUUUUUGUCCUUAAUCCUGAACUUGUAGAGGCACCUCGUAAACUCGAUACGUCAGGAAGGAUGGUUUAUUUUGUAAAGGCUUUGGACACCAACACCAUCGCAGUUGGGUUUGAGCAUGAGCUGAGGUUGUACGAUGCGGAACUUUUUGAGGUCAAAAAAGUCAUUCAAGUUAAUGAUCCGGCAGUUGACUGUAUUAUGUCAAAUGAGCUGGUCUUUGCAACAACCGAUGGAAGCGUUUAUAUGGGAAGUUCUCGACAGCACACUUCUGGUGGCCCGGUAGCACUGCUCUCUGCUAAUCAAAAGUAUACACUAAUAAAGACCGACCGUCUUUACAAAGUGGACCAUAGUGGCGUGAUUCCCAUUCAUUUUGGGCAGAAAGCAGUACCAGAUCGCGUCAAGUCAGUGUGCAAGAUCAGCGAGACCGAUUUCAUGGUUGGUCUUGACGACACUCUACUUAGAAUCAGACUCGAUGAUAUGCCCACCUCGGUUAUUCCAAGAACACAUUUUGUUCCUACUCAUUAUUCAGUGCGCCAAUUCGCCCAGGCUCCUCAUGUUCGCGCUAUUUUUGUUCUAUGUAAUGGCCAGAUCUUGGGCUACGAUUCGAAAUACUACGAGCCUUUGGUUUUGUGUGGCUUACCCGGAGAGUUGUCACAAGAAGAAAACCCAAGGUUGAUUCACAUGUGGAACAUAGCUUUGUCUGGGCAAAAGUACCACCACCUUAUCGUACACUCUGGCUCAGAGACAAGUGCGGUUAUUCGAACUUAUACGAUAACCCGCCGACGACAAACAGUGACGUUUGUAGCACGCAUGAAGAAGCACUUGAAGCGUCCGAUACGCGAGCUCACUACUGGACCCACGAGUAUACUGUUCACCGAGUCGAGGAAACCGACGUUUUUACGCGUGCUCAAAAUAGAAGAAAGCGACAGUGGACUCAAGCUCGGCGAUAAGAUGAGCUACGAGCAAGAGUUCGUGAUUAACGCAAUAGCGACCAGUGGAUCUACCGUCUUCUUCGCUGGCACUAAUAGCUUGCUAGGGUUUCGGGAAAUUGACUUUGAUUGUUCUGGCCCGGUAUGGGCAAUUGAGUACCCUCCCGUCAAGUUUGAGCACUGCGUGGUACGAGCGACGCCAAAAGAGACCUUUCUUGUUUUAUCAACUGACAAGCCAGAGCUCAUUAUUUUCAAGCAAAUGGCCGCCCAUCAGUACAAGCUCUACCAGGUGAUGUGGAUUCCUCAUCCAGCUGCCGAGAUGAGACUAAACCAUGGCGGUACACUUUUGGUGCUCUUGAAAAACUCCGACAUCAUCGAAAUCAGUGUGAGCAACAACGUUUCAUCUGUUUUCACUAUUUAUUAA